ACCAGAUGUCAUGGCUGAUGACGAAGCGAGCGCCCGAGCCACCCAGAAGGGGAGCUUGUCACCCGCCAGCCCCCGGAGCAGCCCGAGCAAGUCCAACACGCUGCUGCAGAAGCUCAGGAGCACCAUCUCCAAAUCUGUGCAGAACAAGGUGGACUGCAUCCUGCAAGAUGUGCAGAAAUUCUCCGACAACGACAAGCUCUACCUCUACCUGCAGCUGCCGUCGGGGCCGAGCCUGGGGGAGAAGAGCAGCAACCUGGAUCUGAGCUUGCUGAGCGCAGCCGAGUACAUGCACGCGUGCAACUGGAUCCGGAACCACCUGGAGGAGCACACGGACACCUGCCUGCCCAAGCAGGACGUCUACGACGCCUACAAGCGAUACUGCGACAACCUCUGCUGCUGCCCUCUGAACACUGCCAGCUUUGGGAAGAUCAUCCGGGAGAUCUUCCCGAACAUCAAAGCCCGGAGAUUGGGAGGCCGCGGGCAAUCGAAGUACUGCUACAGCGGGAUCCGGAGGAAGACAGUGGUGAGCCUGCCUCCCCUGCCCAGCCUGGACCUCAAAGUCACGGAGACCCAGUCGGAGCUGCCGGAGCUGGUGCAGUCCUACGGCAGCGAGGUGAUGGAGGCGGCCUGCACCUUGACCUGUCACUGGGCUGAGAAGAUCCUCAAGCGCUCCUUCAACAGCAUCGUGGAGGUGGCGCAGUUCCUCAUCCAGCAGCACAUCAUCAGCUCGCGCUCGGCCGGCGCYGACCUCGUCAUGGCCAUGGUGGUCUCAGAGGGCCCGGAGAAGGYCUCCCGGGACAGGCAGUCCCCGCUGGCAGCCAGGAAGAGCAGCCCGGAGGCCUCGGAGGGCAGCGACAGGAGCCAGGGCCAGAGCAAGAAGGAGGCUGUCCCCAAGGCCUCUGUCCUGCCCCGUCCCGAGAAGAAGAAGCCGCCGGAGCCGCCCCGGCCCGUGAGCAGCUCCCAAGUGGACGCCCUGGUCGCCCGUCUGCCGCUGCUGCUGCCCCGCGUCCCGCCGGGGGACCGGCUGCAGCCGACCCGCAUCGCCGCCGAGCCCCCCUCCCAAGAUGAGCCCCCUGCCCGGCCGCCCGCGCCCGCCGGCUUCGCACCAGCGGCCGCUUCCCUCCGAGGGAGCUCCGGGACGGCGGAGCGGCKGCUUUCGGAAUCGCUCAUUCCUGCCACGUUUCCCCUCCUUUUCCACAACAUUCCCAAUUCGGGGCCCCUUUUCCAAGAUCCACGUCCUUACAGCCCCCUCGCGCCUCCGUUUCCCCCCAACGGCGGGAUGUGGAGCCGCUGA